UUGCUUAAUAGAGCACAUUUAUUAGAUAUAUUUUUCUAAACAGAGUUGGCUUAUACAAUGAAAGUAGACGAGAGAUGUGAUGUUUACAGUUUUGGGGUGCUAACAAUGGAAAUAUUUAUGGGGAGGUAUCCUGAUGAUUUGACUUCAUGUCUACCAUCGUCGUCAUCGGCAUCGACAUCGACAUUGGUAGCAAAUGACAACCAUCAAAUUUUACUUAAAGAUGUGAUAGACCAACGCCUUUCACCACCGACAAGGCAAGUUGCAAAGGAUGUUGUCUCUAAUACAAAGCUAGCAUUUGCAUGCUUGAAUGGCAAUCCCCAACUGAGGCCAACCAUGCGACAAGUUGCUCAAGCCCUUACACAUCAAUCGCUUCCAUUGCCCAAUCCUUUCUCAAUUAUAAAAUUGGGAGAAUUGUGGGAUUAUAAAGUCUGCAGUGGCUAAUAUUAAGGUGCUAACAAUUUAAAUAAUAAUUCUAAGCACGUGUAUUUGCUUUCAAUCUAUUUCUUUUUCUCUUCUUUGUAUCGAAAUGUUUAAGCACUCUAGUAAUAAAGCUUUUGUAGUAAAUCG